CGAUAUGGACGUGGAAACCUUCUACGAUGGGUAUCUCGCCUCAAUCAUGGUCGAAGAGGGCGGCGUCACCCCCGUAGGCUCGGCGAUCGCGUUGCUCGCUGAAACUGAGGCCGAGAUCGAGCAGGCUAGGUCAAAGGCCCAAUCUUCCUCCUCAUCCGAAACCUUAGAUUCAGAUUCCCCUCCUCAGUCGGGUAAUCCAGGUGUAGAUGUCUCUUCUGCUAGUAGGAUUGAUGAAGACGACAAGCUUAAGGCAUUAAUUGAAACGCCUGCACUUGAUUGGAGCCGUCAAGGACAAGAUGGCUUUGGCAGUAGAGGCUUUGGAAGAGGCUUUGGGAGAGGGAUGAUGGCUGGUCGUGGCUUCGGUAUACCUUUAUGCUCUUCAUAUGUUCUCUAUUAUUUUUUGUUUCCUUAUCUUGUUGUCAUCGUCAUAUUAAUUUCUUUUUUUUAUCAUUUUUCAUUUUGGUGUGAUUAUUUCCAGUAUAAGAUUCUUGUAAAUUGGUCAUGCAAGACAAGGCUAUGACUAUCUGUUAAUCGC